GUGAUUGUUUCAGGUUGCCACAGAAAGUGCAGAAAUCCAUCAAGCAAAUAAUCGUAGCCCACCGGUGUACACCCUUCUACUGAGUUACUGAGCCAAAUCUUUAGAGUGAAAUAGAGAGAGAGAGAGAGAGAGAGAGAGAGAGAGAGAGAGAUUCAGGGAAGGGGAUUAUCACCUCAUCAUCUCAGUCUUUCUGAGCCGAUUUGCCUUCGAAUUUCUGGGUUGUUGUUAUCAGUUUUUGAUUUGAUCUGUUGAAUAUUUGGGCUUUUCUAUUCUGAUGUUGUUUACAAUCUUGAUAUGAUAUAUAGUGAAAGGGAGAUAGUUUUGAUAGAGUUUUUGUUGUGGUUGGUUUUGAAUUGAUAAUAUGAGUUCUUGAAGUUUCAACCUUUAUUGCUUUGGAUCGUUUGUCAUUUCGUUUGUUUAGAUUUUGGUGAAAGACGUAUGAGAUUGAAUAAAGUUACUGUGAUUAAUGAAUCAAUUCACAUUUUGGUUUGAAUUUUAUGUGCUUCCCUCUGAUCAUUUUCGUACUUCUGAAUCUGUGUAAUCAUCUAUGGACCAUAAAGAUCCAAUCUUGCCUUCCGUGUUUUGAUGGCUUCACAGGUUCUUAGUCAUCUUUUUCGUUUCAAUAGGUGUGAUCACGUUUUGUUUCUCCUAAUUAGUUUGAGCCAUUAUCUGGAAUGGAUCUAUUUUUUCAGUUGUCCUAAUAAGAGACUUCUAUUUAUCAUACCCUCUCCAAUUGAAUUUCUGUACUUAAGUUUUUGUUGCUGCAAAUUCCUAGAACAAAUGUGCUAUAUGAGGAGAAGCGUGAUUUUGGUUUUAUGUUUAGAUGACUCAUCUGUAUUCAGUUUUGGUUUUUUGGUCCAAACUCUUGAAUAUAGACCCUAAAACAAUAUGCUAAACAAUGUGGAAGAGUUUGGACCGCUACUCAUGACUAUAAUUACUGUUAGGAAGCGAAACCUGGUCCUAAUUCUUCCCUAUAGACUGGAAGAGAGGUAGAGGGUUUUUAGGUACCAUUCUGUUUUCUCUUUUUUUCUCUUCUACCAGUUUCUUUACGUUCAUGUCUCGAUCUUCUUCUGUGUUGAUUUCAAUGAUCUUUUUCUGUGUUGAUUUGAAUGAUUUUUAUUUUUAUUCUAAAUAGAAGUUUAGGUUAUGGCUUUCUUGCCUUUGCUUUUGUUCUAAGUUUCUAACCUUGGAAUUGAUUGUAGGCUAUGUAGAAAUACUCCUCCUUCUUUCUUCAUUUCAUGAUCAGACUAAUCAGCAAAAGAAGAAGAGGUUUCAUUUUCAGCCAAGGCAAAAUAAGAAUUGGGGUUCUUUUCUUGGUAUUAGGUGUUCUUCGAUUAUGUCGUAUUGUGGUUUUCAUUGAGUUAUUUGUUUGUGAAUUUUAUGCGACACUAGAUGGUGGCUCACUUGAUUUGAUGGCUUCAAUUGUAUGAUGCCUAUUUUCUUUUUCUUUUUUUUCUACUGGUAAGUGAUAAGAUUGUGAGUUUGUGAUGACGUGAUCAGAGAUGUAUGAACAUGCCUAUUCUAUAUAUUCUAAAGUUACUAACUGAUGUAUGAACAUGACCGAAGAACUCAUAGAUUACAGUAGAAACAAAUAGAAGAAACUCAGGUUUUUGGAGAAUAUGAAUCACAGUGGAUUUGCCGUAGAACUUAUGGGUCUGUCUCCUCGAGCAACCGAGAGGGAUGUCUAUGAUUCUUCAUUUUUUCUCCUUCUCUUGCUCAAUUGAGAGCAUUGAAAUGGUCAGGUAUAGAUGAGCAAUUUGUGUGAGAGCUCAUAAUUUUACCUUAUUUUUUUAUUUCCGGUAAAUCAUAUUUUUGUUGUUUGGUUUGAAAAAUUACAGAUCCAGUGAAUGUGCAUGUACUGCCUAUGUGACGUCCAAGGAUCCGUACUCUCAUGAGACUGCUUGCUUGCUCAGUGCGAGUCUUUCCUCAACUCUUUGCCCUUUAUGUAGUGAUUAAUAUGUUUGCUUUGGUCAGCUUCAAAUGCUGAAUGAGAAAUAAUUAUAAAUUAUAGUUAUCACAAAUUGAUUCAACGCGCGGGAAACAUUUCUAGUAAUUACUGUUAGGAAGCGAAACCUGGUCCUAAUUCUUCCCUAUAGACUGGAAGAGAGGUAGAGGGUUUUUAGAUUCUGUUUGCCCUGCAAUUUCACAUCUAGGUGAUUAAUUAAAACAACUUCAAGCUAGCUUACCUCAGCUCAUUCACAACAAAAUUCAAGUUAUGGCACCAAAGAUGAGGCACAGCAAGAUGAAGAGAUUAUUACAAGAACAUCAGGCUGGAGAUCAUAAUGAUAGAGAAAGAAUGCAAGAAAUGUAUGAUUAUCAAAAUCUUUAUACCAGUGUAACUAAGGCUGAAGGAUUGACUGAAUCAAGAACUUCUCAAUGCAACAAUGUUGAUGUAUUUCAGCAUCAAAAGAAACGAUUAAGAAGUGAUAAAGGAAAUGUUACUGCAAUAGAAAAGGAGCGUGUGUUCAGCAAUCCAAACUCAAACGUUUUUGCCUCAGAGGCACAACAGUGUUUAGAAAACGAUUGUUCUCAAUUUGUGCGUCCAACUGAAAUAAGAGGUCAAGCUACGUAUUCAGUUGGGCAAGCAGUAUAUCAAAGAAGUAGACAAGUAUCAACUGUGACGUAUGAAGAUUCAGGUGAUAAUAUUCAUACAUGCUCCUACUGUAACGCAUCUUUUUGGUUUGGAGAGGCGCUUAAACGAUCAUCAUCAAAUGAACCUCUUAUUUAUACAAACUGUUGCAAGAAAGGCCAAAUCAAACUUGAAAAGCCAAAGCCAACACCUGCUUUUCUUGAAAAAUUAUUGGAUCCAAAUAAUGGUUUAGAAAGCCGACUUUUCAGAGAGAAUAUCAGAGUUUAUAAUUCAAUGUUUUCUUUCACAUCAAUGGGAGCAGCAAUUGAUUAUAAAAUAAAUACUGGAUCAGGACCUUAUGUUUUUAAAAUUAGUGGUCAAGUUCAUCAUUUAAUGGGUUCUAUGUUACCUUCAAAUGGGGAAUGUCCUAAAUAUGCUCAAUUAUAUAUAUAUGAUACAAAAAAUGAGGUUUUAAAUCGUCUUAAUGCUAUUGAUCCUACACAUGAUAAUAUAAAUAUUAAAUUAGAAAUUAUUGAAGGACUUAUUAAAAUGUUUGAUGAAAUUAAUGAAUUAGUGAAAGAAUUUCGAACAAUAAGGGAUAAAUUUGAAAAUCGUUCAUUACCUUCAUUGAAUAUGACUAUACUUAAUCGUCAACUUACUGAUAGUAAACAAUAUGAAGAACCAACAAGUGAAGAAAUUGGUGGUUUAAUAGUCGGUGAUAUUGGAGAACACAAUUCAAAUAGAGAUAUUAUUAUCGAAUUAAAUAGUGGAAAGCUGCAACGUAUUUCUAAAAUACAUCUAAAAUAUAUGUCACUACAAUAUCCAAUACUUUUUCCAUACGGUGAAGAUGGAUAUAAAAUAAAUUUACAAAUGCACCAAAUUGGAGGAAGUUCCACACAAAAAAGACAAAAAAUAUCAAUGCGAGCUUACAUUACAUAUCAUAUUCAAGAUAGAAAUAAUGAAAUAAGUACUUUAUUAAAAGGUGGACGAUUAUUUCAACAAUAUUUAGUUGAUGCUUAUGCAACAGUUGAAGAAGAUCGCUUGGAUUGGAUUAGAAGGAAUCAAAAUAAUUUCCGAAGUGAAACUUUUAAACAUCUUUGUGCUGCUGCUUCAGCUGGAUUUAGUAAAGGUCGUGACCUAGGACAAAAAAUUAUUCUACCGAGUUCUCAUACUGGAAGUCCUAGAGAUAUGAUUAACAAUUAUCAAGAUGCUAUGGCAAUUUGUAGACAAUACGGUAAUCCUGAUUUAUUCAUAACUUUUACGUGUAACGUAAAAUGGCCAGAGAUAGAAAGAUAUUUAAAAAAUAUGCCUAUAUACAAAGUUGAAGACAGACCUGAUAUAAUUUCAAGAAUGUUUAAAAUAAAAUUAGAUGAUAUGAUAAAAUAUAUCAAAUCUGGAAAACCUUUUGGAGAGAUUGAAGCAGAUGUUCAUACAAUAGAGUUUCAAAAAAGAGGAUUACCUCAUGCUCACAUGUUAUUCUGGUUGAAAAAGGAUUACAAAUGUUAUACAGCGACUGAUAUUGAUUCUAUUAUUUCAGCAGAAUUACUAGAUAAAAACGUUAAUCCCGAGCUUUUUAAAGUUGUUAGUGAAUUUAUGAUCCAUGGACCUUGCGGAGAAAUAAAUCCAAAAUCUCCUUGCAUGCGAAAUGGAAAAUGUUCUAAAUUUUUUCCAAAACCAUAUAAUACAAACACUAUAUUUGAAACAAAUACGCCUCCAAUAUAUAGACGUCGAGAAGAUCAUGCAAAAUUUGUGGUAAAAAAUAAUGUACAUAUUGGAAAUAAUUUUGUUGUCCCUUAUAAUUCAAAUUUAUUAUUAAGAUAUAAUGCUCAUAUUAACGUUGAAUCAUGUUCUCAAUCAAUGUUAAUUAAAUAUUUAUUUAAAUACAUUAAUAAAGGUCCAGAUCGAGCCCGACUAUUGCUGCAUGAUGACUUAAAUGAUGAAAUUACAAGUUAUUUGAAUUGUCGUUACUUAACUCCUCAUGAAUCUCUGUACAACAUUUGCAUAUUCACAUGCCUUUAG